UUGCUUUUAAAAUUACUCAUUUGCUAGUUUUUGUUAUCUUGGACUAUACAAACAGUAAGUACAAAAGUAAAAAUACCCAAAAUCCAACUAUGGUAGCUGCCAAAUUUUCUGACUAUGUCAGAAGACUUUGCUGUCUCUGACAUUAUUUCAAUUGUUUUUAUCUGCACAUAUCAGCAGCAGAGAAUAUUAAAAGAAACACAAAGUAAAAAAAAAAAAAAAAAAAAAAACAUAUCAAAAUCUCUCAUCUUCCAUGGAACUCAAAAUCUCACCUCCCAAGAAUACUGCUAGCAGAAAAAACUGUUAUAAUGAAUCAAGUGGGGGAGCAAAAUGUUCAAUUGAACUUGGGCUAAAUCUUGAACUUAGUUACUCAAAAUAUAGUACUAAUGGCUAUGGAUUUACAUUUCUACAAAGGCAAGAAUUUGAGCAACAAUUAUUCAUCUACAAGUAUAUAGAAGCUGGGCUACCUGUUCCCUCACAUCUCAUUAUUCCUAUAUGCAAGUCUUUUACUUGCUCCUUUAAACGUCUUCAUGAUGGUUUCAAUUUGAUGGGGUAUGGACACUUGUGUUGGGAAGCUAAAAGUAGGAUGGAAACAGAACCAAGAAGAUGUAGGAGGACUGAUGGCAAGAAAUGGAGAUGUAGCAAAGGUGUCGUCCUAAAUCACAAAUACUGUGAGAAACACAUGCACAGAGGCAGACACCAACGUCGUUCAAGAAAGUGUGUGGAAUUAACAGCUUCAUCAAACUUGGAAUUGUCUAGUAAUUCUAAAAUCAACAUGAGAGUAGCAGCAACACAAGAUCAUCAGAAUUCUGAACCAGAUACAAGUACUUUCUCCAUUGCACCACCAAUAAAUUAAUUAGUAUUAGUAGCACAAGUUGUUCACUUGGACAUGCAUGGUGUAUUUUUUAAAAAUUAAUUUGAGUGGAGUGUCUUAAUGAGAGCCUUCGAGUAAUUGAUAAAGUUGCUGUCAUGUGAUCAGGAGAUCACGGGUUUAAGCCUUGGAAAUAGCUUCUGGCAGAAAUGCACCCUUGCGGCGGCGGCCUUUCCCGGAUCCUGCAUAUAGCGGAAGCUUUAGAGCACCAGAUUGUCCUUUUUGCUUUGAAUCGAUCGAGCAUGUAUUAGAAAUAAGUAACUUCUCUACCUUAGUUAAGGCAAAGAUAAGGUCUGGUUACAAUACUCUAUCCUGCUUGUGGGAUUACAAUGAGUAUGUUGCUAUUGUUGUAUUUGGGCUUGGGAUUUGCCUCAAAUCCUAACUUGGCCUCAGUUCAUAACUAUGGCCUCCAACUUUCGAUGAAAGUUGAAGCUAAAUUAAAAUGACACAUUUAUGUUAUGUAUCACGCCUUUAUAAUAUAUGUCAUGUCUGAUUACGAUUUAA